AUGGUGCGUAUGCGAUGGUUGAAAUCGGGCAGCGGAGUGCGCGGGCGUUGCGUCAUUCGUCUGCCUCCUCUCGCUCGAUGUCUUCCACCCAGCUGUACUUCUUACUUUUCCUGUAAUCAUAUGCUCCGUCUAAAUAACUGGCAAACAUCGCUCUCGAUGUUCUCGGAGCGCGAAGCUGGCUUGCCAGGCUUGCAGGUCUAUGGCAUGUUGCUUUCGUUCAUUGUGCAAGGAGAAAGGUUCGCGCUUCCCCUAUACGAGCUUUACAUCGCCGCACUUGCUGCCCGACGGCUUCCGAGCAUGAAGUUCGGUAGCACAAUCAAGAACUCGCUUUACUCCGAGUGGCUGCAGCAUUAUAUUGACUACUCUGGCCUGAAGAAAUUCGUCAAGAACAGGCAGAAAGCGCACCCAUGGGAUGACUCUGAUGAGGCGGAUUUCAUCAAAGCCCUUCAAUCUGAGCUCACCAAGGUCGCCAAAUUCCAAGAGGCCAAAGUCAGCGAAUUGACCGAGCAGAUCGGGCUGUACGAAGUGACUGUCAAGGAACUCAUCGAGGCACAUGCUCACAAUCACUCUGCGCUUACCGCAACCACGCGGUCGUCCACAACGAGCGACGAAGGCGCGAAUCAAGGCGGACCAGACGGACCUGUUGGUUAUGGCGACGUCGAGGCUGACCUGAGCGAUGACGAGGACGAAGAGGAUGUUGAACUGGAGCAGCGCUUCAGUGAGCUCGAGGAGGAUCUAGAAACACUUAUCGCAGACGUGCAUGAUCUCGGUCGGUUCACCCAGCUGAAUUACACCGGCUUUGUAAAGAUCGUCAAGAAGCACGAUAAGCGCACAGGCUGGGAACUGAGGGGCGAGUUCAUGCGGGAAUACCUGUCAAAGCGGCCUUUUUAUAAGGAAAAUUAUGACGCCCUCAUUGUCCAACUCUCGAAGCUCUACAAUUUGGUCCGCACAAGAGGAAAUCCGGUCAUUGGCGACAGCUCAGCCGGCGGCAGUCAGUCUGCAUUUGUCAGACAAACGACCAAGUACUGGGUCCAUCCCGAUAACUACGUCAACCUCAAGCUCGCCAUAUUGAAGCAUCUGCCUGUAUUAGUCUUUGAUCCGGAAAAGCCUUUCGAGCAAAGCGACGCCGCGAUCUCGUCCAUCUACUUUGACAAUGAAGAUCUGGAGCUCUAUCUUGGUCGAUUGGAAAAGUCGGAAGGAGCAGAGGCCAUCAGAUUACGUUGGUAUGGUCCGGCGUCGAACCGUCAGAUAUUCGUCGAACGAAAGACGCAUCAUGAAGAUUGGACGGGCGAAAAGUCAGUCAAAGCUCGCUUUCCUAUCAAGGAGGAGUUCGUCAACUCCUAUCUCAAUGGCUCCUAUUCGAUGGACGAUACUUUCAAUGAGCUCAGAAAGAAGGGGAAGAAGUCUGACAAAGAAGUCGACAGCAUGAUCAAGCUUGCCCGAGAAGUGCAGAUUGCCGUCAAGAACAAAAAGCUCGGUCCUGUCAUGCGUACAUUCUACAAUCGAACAGCAUUCCAGCUGCCCGGCGACGCUCGCGUUCGAAUCUCUUUCGAUACGCAAAUGUCGGGUGUGCGAGAGGACAAUUGGGACGGCAGAGUAAGGUCAGGCGACAACUGGCGCAGGACAGAUAUUGGCAUCGAUUGGCCAUUUGAGCAAUUACCAGAAGACGACAAGCAUCUCUUCCCAUAUGGUGUGCUCGAAGUCAAGCUACAGACUCAGAUGGGCCAAGAGCCGCCCGAAUGGGUCCGUGAGCUGGUCUCAAGCCAUCUCGUCGAGGCAGUGCCGAAAUACUCAAAGUUCAUCCAUUGCUGCGCCACACUGAUACCCAAUCGCGUCGACCUCGUGCCUUUUUGGCUGCCUCAGAUGGAUGUUGACAUUCGCAAACCUUCGGAUGACCACCACAAGGCUGCCAUGAUCGAACGCCCAUCUCAUCCCGGCUCAUCGGCCUCUGCGUCGGCGCAGAACUCGGAUGGUCGCAAGUCGCCAGAGACUAAGCCGCCGAGCUACACCGAGCCGGUCUCCGAGGACGAAGACGAUGAGGAUGGCGAUCCGAUGCGACAGGUCGCUAACAAUGAGCACGAUGCGACUGGCUUGCCACCGGAUGCUCACGCUGCUGCUGCCGAAGCAAAGGCAGCUCGCGAGAAGAGCCAGAAGGGAGGUGCAACGGGCAACAGCCUUGCGCCUCCUCCUCAACGCACCCGAAGCAGCACCGAAAACAACUCAUCCUUUGCCAAACUCACGCCUCAAAAUUUGCAACGUGUUCUUGCGACGAAAUAUGGACAGGAAGAAAGUACGCCAGCGGAUACUGAUGAUCCUGUAGCCGAGCCCAAUCUCCGUCGAGUCGAAUACGUGAGCUCUUUCCGGGAUAUGACCGGCAAACGCAUUGCCGUGCCUGUGCGUAUCGAGCCCAAAGUCCAAUUCGCUCUCGAGCGCACAUUCCUUUCUUGGCUCGAGUUUGCAGUUCUGCUCAGUGCUAUCGGUGUUGGCUUGCUGUCCUUUGCGCAUCCGGAUGACUCGACAGCACUGAUCGGCGGCAUCGUCUUCACUGCUAUCGCGCUCAUUGCCAUCGCAUACGCCGGCGUCAUUUUCCUCGUCCGCGCUUUCCGCAUCAGGAGGAGGGCAGCAGUCUCGUAUCACGACUAUGUCGGGCCGACGGCACUCUGCAUUGCGCUCUUCGCUGGCGUCGUCCUCAAUUUCGCCCUGCGUAUUCACGCCGAUGAAGACGACAAGCCCGUUCACCCCAAUCUCAACUUUACCCAGCAUUAUUAG